AAAAAGGGGAGAAAGCAGCUGGCGUGGCUGCAUUUCGUUUCUUUGCCUCAAAGUGAGAAGUUUCGGGGCGCCGAACUUGUCGGAAAAGUGUCCAAGAAAUUGGCAUAGCAGAGAAAUUUUCCCAAAUUGAAAGCUAAAAUGCUAUAAAUGCAAAGCCGAUUAGGCAAAAAUAGUUAAAUCAAAAAAGAAAAACCCAUUCAAAUAUAAUCAAAAUGAAUCGUCUACUGCUGCAGUGUCUUGUGACAACCAUUCUGGUCUACAAAGUGAUUUCGGUUCCAACCAGCACGAUGAGUACUAGUAUCCAGACUACUUCGGAGAUUCCGCAACAGGAUGACGAUGAUGACGACUGGGAGGAGGAUGAUGACUCCUUGGAAUCAGACGACGAUGGACGAGUCUAUAAAAAUCCACGCAAUUCGCCCUCAACCGAGUGCCCGCGGGAUGAAGAGCAGGCCACUCUUCUUGGCCAGAAGUGCUUGAGGAAAUGCUCCUCGGACGAGGACUGCAAGAGCAAGAAGAAGAAGUGCUUGUGCGAUGGUGUCUGCGGCAACUCUUGCAUUAAACCAGAUCGCGAAUGUCCUGAGCUAGCCCAGCCCAGUUUGGGUCAGGUUACAGUCGCUGGACGCCACUUUGGAGCUCGGGCCUCCUAUGCCUGUCCACAUGGAUAUCAUGUUGUGGGUCUCCAGAGUCGUCUCUGUCAGGCCGAUGGCAAUUGGGCCGGUGCUGAGCCAGCAUGCAAGCAGAACAUUUACUGCUUGAAGCCGCCGCAAAUAGAGCAUGCCCGAAAUUCAGCGUUGCCGGAACAGGAAACGUUUGAUCUGGACUCUACGGUGCAGUAUCAUUGUCACACCGGCUAUGUGACCAAUGGAUUUCCUCGAGCCAAAUGCCUGGCCAUUGAUAACCUGGCCAGUUGGUAUGGACCGGAUAUUCAAUGCGAACCUCGAUCCUGUGGUCAGCCACCGGAUCCGGCCUAUGGAUGGCAUGCCGGCGAGUGUUAUACCUAUGGAUGCAAGAUUACCUACAAUUGCGGAACCGGAUAUGAACUGGUGGGCAAACAUGAGCGAUAUUGCCAGUCGGAUGGAUCAUGGACGCCCAAGGAGCUGCCCACGUGUGUCUUGGUCACCUCGGUUGUUUGUCCGACUCCAGAGAAUCCUAAGAACGGUAAGGCCACCUACACUACCCUGGCCUACAACUCGGUGGUCAGUUACGAAUGCCGAUAUGGAUAUACGUUGAUGGGCGAAAGUUCCAGUCGCUGCGGUGCAGAUCGAAAAUGGAGCGGCACAUUGCCCACCUGCAAGGAGAUCAACUGUGGCCAUCCCGGAGUGCUUUACAAUGGCUGGAUAGAAAACAUAGAGGCGGGUACUGGACUGGGUGCUAGUAUUAUUUUCCGAUGCCAGCCGGAGAUGAUGAUCAAUGGACUGGGUUCCAGUGUCUGCCAAAUCGACGGUAGAUGGCGAAAUGCUCUGCCCGAGUGUUUGGCGCCUUGUGUGGUGCCCACCAUUUCGCAGGGUAAUGUCUAUCCUAUUGAAAUAACCACGGAUGAAAACGGGACGACGAUCAUCCACCCGCCUACCACAACGACGCAGUCACCCAUUCAUACGCAAAGCAUUGGCGGAGUGGAGAAAGUAAAGCAUGGAACGGCAUUGGAAGUUAAGUGUGAUGAAAACUAUGAGUUCCCAGUCUCACUGCUCAGUCCGCCCACGUGCAAUAAUGGCACAUGGAGUAUCAUUCCACGCUGUGUGCCCGCCAGGUGCAAAAGUAUGCCAAGGCCACCUAAGCACGGAAUGGUGAUGGCACCCAAAACAGAGCACGGCAUGAAGGCACGGUUCAAAUGCAAGGAUGGUUUUAAAUUAGUUAGUCCGGAGGGCAAGGAUGUCACCGAUCCGCAUGACUAUGUUCUAACCUGUUCCUUUGGCAACUGGACCGGAGAAACACCAAAAUGUGACGAGGUUUUCUGCUCCUUUCCCGGCUACAUACCCAAUGGAAAGGUACUGCUCGUGGGCAACAUGGGACUGUACGACUACCGACCCUAUGUGAAGAAGAUUGUGAACAAUAAGCAGAUCAUGUACGAUUGCGACAAAGGAUACGUCCUGGAGGUUGGUCCUCCGGGUGCCACCUGUGUAGGUGGGAAAUGGCGACCCUUAGAUUUGCCACAAUGCCUUCUGGGUCAGCAUCCUCGACUCCGAUGGAAUCGUCGCAGACGUCGUUCUUUACAGAUUCGCCAGUUGAGAUCUAUGUAUCUCCUGCGUCGCCAGAGACAGCUUCAAAGGCAACUGGCGGAAAACCAAAACUAUAUCAAUGCAGUUAUAAAUACAGUUCAGACUCCAGUCCACCGGGUAAAACGUAGUGCCAGUCCCGACCCGAAUGCGCAGCCCUAUACUUCGGAUAUGGAUCAGGCCUACUCUAAGUACAUCCAAAAAAUCAAGGAGCGAUAUCAGCGUUACGUGCGGAAGAUGUUGGGUCAUGACCGGAUCUACCAAAAGCUCCACGCCCAGGACAACGUUGGUAGAGUGGGAAACAACCUUAACUCACACGAUGGGGGACAGGUUACGAUGCGUGGCAAGUCCAACUUUAGGGAAUUCGAAAAUGGAAACAAUUACCUGGGUGGCGGUGGUAUUGGAUCAGGAGGAGGAGUCGUUGCCUUACCUAACAUCAACCAGGCAUCUCGGAAUCAUAAACUUCACAUAAACCGCACUCCCAAGGACGAGCUACUGUCCAACGGAUCUCCGCCGGUAGCAUCGCGUAGCUUUCACUUAAAUGCCACCAGGUCUUACAUGGAUCAAUUAAAGUCCCAAAUAGUUCGUCGGAGGCGCAAGAGGAGCUCCAGCAUUGGACAGGCACCUCCUUCGGCAGCAACUAUUCCGGAUGCAGAGGUUGACAUUAGUGAUGGAGGAGAGGCCGGAAAGGGUGGUGGCAAACGGUUACGAGGACCUUGCGAGGAUCUUGACUGGGAUUCGUUCGGAAACGUGACCACUGUUCGACCCGGUAAAGUUCCGGGCAGAAAUGCCGUUGGCAUCAUGCUGCAUCUUGAGUGCAACGCUGGAUUCAAACUGAACAUCAAGGGGGAAAAUGCCACGGCACGCUGCAUCCGAGGAAUCUGGAAGCCGGAGACACCCAAGUGCCUAUCUGCUCCUUGUUUGGUUCCUGCCGUUGAGCAUGGGCAGUAUUACAAGGUGGAACCUCACACAAAGCAGUUAAGCGAUAAACCUUCGCUGACGCCGCUCUCCACUUACGAGGAAAUCCAGUCAAACGAAUUCAUUACCCUGGAGUGCGAGGAUGGCUUUAAUAUCCAGGGCUCGGCUCAACUGCGUUGUGCCCAUGGAUCUUGGUCGGUGAACGCCUUCUCCGAGUGCACAUCCGUACCCUGCACGCUGCCCAAUAUUCCAGGAGUAAUCUAUGAUGGAGGUUAUCGGGCAGGGCUUACCAUUGGACAUGGAAGCAGUGUCAGCGUGCGCUGUGAACUUUCUACGAACGCCAAUCCUAUAGAGAUGUCAUGUCACAAGGGCAUCCUCACUCCUCCCAGUAUACCAUGCGAGUCCGGAUUAAGAAAGUCUCGACAGGAAGUAGAGCACGUCACACCCACUUCACAUUCCAAAGUAGAGCACAACGAACUGGACAAUGAUCAUGAUCACCAUGACAAUACUACCGAUGAACACGACGAUAUGAAGAUGUGCGGUUCACCCAUGCUAUUGGAAGGCGCCCUGGUUUACAAGAAUGCCGAUCAUCCAGAGCUGGAUGGGGCCUACGAGAGUGGCACGGAGAUCUUCUUUAACUGCAUCCCAAAUGCAGCCGGCGAUCGGCAGACAUGGCGCAUCAUUUGCGACAACGGGCUGUGGAUAGGACGAUCCUAUAAUUGCGAAAACGGAACGUGUGUUUUCAGAAACAACGAAGCUAAUGUAGUUAGUUUUUAUAACGACCUGGAGAUUAGGGAAGACGUUGUGGACUUCCCUCCAGGAGCCACAAUCAUAUCUAGAUGUAUGGACAUUGGAAAAUUUUCGAUGACGGGGAGCCACGAGAGGACCUGCAUCCACUCGGAAUGGACCAACACAAAGCCCGUGUGCUCCGGCCUAAACCAGGAAAACGACUAUGCAAUGGAGAAGGCCCCGACAAUCCUGUUCCGACACCAAAACGGACCCAUCGCCCAGAGCAAUGAUGGCAAACUGAUUGUCUAUCCAGGAACAACUCUCCACAUGGAGUGCCUGUGGAUGCGACGCUUCGGAAAUCCAAAGUGGAACGUCAGUCAUACGCACAAAAACUACACGGAGGGCUGGGUGACUGAGGCAGAUGAGGGCCGCGACUCGACGCUGGAAUAUCGCUUGAGCAUUGUGGAUGCGGCCAGUGACGACUCUGGGUUCUACUCGUGCAUGACUCCGGCUCGCCAUGAGCACGCAGUAGAGGUGGUGGUGCGGGCUAUUAACUGCCCGGAGAUACCGAUGCGGCGUGGCCUGAUCGUGAACACCAACGAUACCAAGCUGAGCACACGGGCGCUGCUGUCCUGCGCGAAUGGGAACUCCUUGAUUGGCGCCUCGGAGCUAUUCUGUCUGCCAAGUGGCAAUUGGAGCGCACCGUUGCCAGUUUGCGAGAGCGUUGAGUGCGGCGACAUCCCGCUGGGGAUGGGCAGCAACGCGAGCUCGCCUCGCGUCUCCGUGCUGUCGCGCGAGGUGGGCGGCCGGGCGGCCUUCUCGUGCUCCUCCGGUUACGGACUGCGCGGACCGGCGGAAGCCAUCUGCAAUCCCACGGGCGAAUGGUCAGCGCCGCUGCCCACCUGCGUCGAGGUGCAGUGCGACAAUCCGGGAGCGCCGCAAAAUGGUUACGCCCAGGGCUCGGCACCUUAUCGUGCCGGCGAUGUGGUCCAGUUCAAUUGCAAUCCGGAGUAUAUGAUGCAGGGCCAACCGAUCAUUGCCUGUCAGGACAAUGCACGUUGGUCGGGCGGCCUGCCCAAGUGCGUACAGGCCUGCUCGUAUCCGGGUACCGUCAUUAGCGGAAGGAUGUCCUCCGUUAAGUUUUACUACGCUAUCGGUGAGAGCAUCACGUUUACUUGUGAUGCCGGAUUAGACCUGCGCGGGUCCAAGGUGCUCAAGUGUCUCAAGAACGGCAAGUGGUCAAGCGCCAUUCCAACGUGCGUGACCAACGAGGGCCCCGUUGGAGGAGGAUCCGUUACCUCUAACAAGCACCUGGCUACCACCAUGGGUUAAAGGGAUACGAAUAUAGGUGUCUUUAGCUGAGGUCGAAAUUGCACAUCGAUCAACCGCAAGAAUAAGCGUUGCACCAGAGUGAUACUAAUACAUAUUACCUACUAACUAAUGCACAUUCCAGGCGCACAGUCACGCGUUUACUAACUAAUAACGACAUUCUUGCGAUUCAAUUGUAACUAUAACGUAACUGUAGCCCCGUACUGUAUCGCACGGCCAUCAUUUUACUAUAAUUAAAUGUUCGUCAAAUAAACA